AUGCAAGGCCACACCUUUUCACCAAGUAAGCUUCAAAACCCCCAAUCUAAUUUCACUGCUAGGCCUGUUAUAGGGUUUAAUCUCACUCACCACAACCACACCUUAGCUAAAACCCAACAAAACCCUCUUCCAAUUUCUCAAAAUUGUACUUGUAUUGUGAAUUCAAGAGCCCAGAAGCAGAGUUCAAGUGGGUCUAGGGUUUAUGUAGGGUUUAAGCUUCAGUGUCAUUCGAAAGCUUUGGUCUUGCCCACUAAGGUUUCUUUAGUUAAUGGUAAGAAGAAGAGGUAUGGAGGCGUGUUGCCUUCGAUUUUGAGGUCUUUGGAGAAUGAAAACGAUGUUGAAAAGACACUUGAGUCGUUUGGUGAGAGUCUGAGUGCGAAAGAGCAGACUGUGAUUCUUAAAGAACAGAGGAGCUGGGAGAGGGUUCUUCGUGUUUUCGAGUGGUUUAAGUCACAGAAAGAGUAUUUGCCCAAUGUGAUUCACUACAAUGUGGUGCUUCGGGUGCUUGGUAGAGCUCAGAGGUGGGAUGAAUUGAGGCUGUGUUGGAUUGAAAUGGCGAAGAAGGGUGUACUGCCUACUAACAAUACGUAUUCGAUGCUUGUUGAUGUGUAUGGGAAAGCAGGACUUGUGAAGGAGGCGCUGUUGUGGAUUAAGCACAUGAAACUAAGGGGGAUGUUCCCGGAUGAGGUUACAAUGAAUACGGUUGUUCGGGCAUUGAAGAAUGCAGAAGAGUUUGAUAGGGCGGAUAAGUUUUAUAAGGACUGGUGUACGGGGAGGAUUGAGCUUGAUGACCUUGAUUUGGAUACUAUGGGUGAUUCUGUGGUUGGUUCUGUCUCUGAGCCUAUUAGUUUUAAGCAUUUCUUGUCAACUGAGCUUUUCAAGACUGGUGGGAGAGUUCCAACUUCGAAAAUUAUGACUUCAAUGAAUACAGAGAACUCUAUUCAGAAACCACGACUUACAUCUACGUAUAAUAGUUUGAUUGAUUUGUAUGGAAAGGCAGGGCGUUUGAAUGAUGCGGCUAAUGUGUUUGGAGAUAUGAUGAAGUCUGGAGUUGCCAUGGAUGUUAUUACUUUCAAUACUAUGAUCUUUACUUGUGGAAGUCAUGGGCAUUUGUUGGAGGCUGAAGCUUUGCUUAAUAAGAUGGAAGAAAGGGGAAUAUCUCCUGAUACAAGAACUUAUAACAUUUUUCUAUCUCUUUAUGCUGAUAUGGGGAACAUUGAUGCUGCUCUGGACUGCUACAGGAAGAUCAGAGAGGUAGGUCUUUACCCAGAUACUGUGUCUCACAGAACUAUUCUUCAUGUAUUAUGUGAAAGAAACAUGAUCAGAGAUGUAGAGAUUGUGAUUGAGGAUAUGGAGAAAUCCGGUGUCUCUAUUAAUGAGCAUUCUCUUCCUGGCAUCAUCAAGUUGUAUAUUAAUGAAGGACGGCUUGAUCAGGCAAAGUUGCUUUAUGAGAAAUGUCAGUUAAACCGUGGGAUUUCAUCAAAGACGUGUGCAGCAAUAAUAGAUGCAUAUGCUGAAAAGGGACUUUGGACUGAAGCGGAGGUUGUAUUUUCUAGGAAGGGAGAUUUAGGUGGACAGAUGAAGGAUAUUGUGGAAUAUAAUGUUAUGAUCAAAGCUUAUGGCAAGGCAAAGCUUUAUGAUAAAGCUUUUUCUCUCUUCAGGGGCAUGAAAAAGCAUGGGACUUGGCCUGAUGAGUGCACUUACAACUCUCUCAUCCAAAUGUUCUCAGGAGGUGAUUUAGUGGACCGAGCAAGGGAUCUUCUAACAGAAAUGCAGGAAACUGGUCUGAAGCCGCAAUCUCUAACCUUUUCUGCUCUUAUUGCCUGCUAUGCUCGCCUUGGCCAGCUUUCAGAUGCAGUUGAUGUGUACCAAGAUAUGGUAAAGUCAGGAACAAAGCCAAAUGAGUUUGUGUAUGGUUCUUUAAUUAAUGGAUUUGCUGAAACUGGCAGAGUUGAAGAAGCACUGAAGUAUUUUCACCUCAUGGAAGAAUCAGGGAUUUCUGCAAAUCAAAUAGUUCUUACAUCUCUGAUAAAGGCGUAUGGUAAGGCGGGGAGCCAUAAGGGAGCAGAAGUGUUGUAUGAGAGAUUGAAAGGUUUUGAUGGUGGCCCAGAUGUUGUUGCAUCUAACAGUAUGAUAAAUCUGUAUGCAGAUCUUGGGAUGGUAUCUGAAGCCAAAUUGAUUUUCGAAAAUUUGAGAGCAAAGGGUUGGGCUGAUGAGAUAGCAUUUGCAACCAUGAUGUAUCUUUACAAGAGCAUGGGCAUGCUUGAUGAAGCCAUUGAUGUAGCAGAUGAAAUGAAAGAAUCGGGUUUAAUAAGGGACUGUGCUUCAUUUAACAAGGUGAUGUCAUGCUAUGCCAUUAACGGUCAGCUACGUGAAUGUGCUGAAUUGUUGCACGAGAUGGUAACUCGGAAACUGUUGCUUGACAGUGGAACUUGUAAUGUAUUGCUCACUGUAUUGAGAAAAGGUGGGAUUCCCCUUGAAGCUGUAACCCAGCUAGAGUCAUCUUACCAGGAAGGGAAACCUUACUCUAGACAAGCUAUCAUCACCUCUGUGUUCUCGCUGGUUGGUAUGCAUAGUUUGGCGCUCGAGUCCUGUGAAACAUUCACACAAGCUGACAUAAAUCUUGAUUCGUCUCUCUACAACGUUGCAAUAUAUGCUUAUGGGGCAGCUGGGGAGAUUGACAAGGCUCUGACCAUAUUCAUGAGAAUGCAGGAUGAAGGUGUGGAACCAGACAUUGUAACACAUAUUUUCCUAGUAGGUUGUUAUGGAAAAGCAGGUAUGGUAGAAGGAGUGAAGCGAAUUUACAGCCAGCUGAAAUACGAAGAGAUAGAGCCCAAUCCGUCCUUGUUCAGAGCUGUUAUAGAUGCCUAUACAGAUGCCAAUAGGCAUGACCUUGCCAAAUUGGUUAAGCAAGACAGGAAAUAUGCAUAUGACUUGGAGCAUCAUGUAUAUCCCGAAACUAAAGAUGAUUUUGAUGAAACCACUUCAGAGUAUGAGGAUUGA